AACGGGUCCAAGUUUCCUUGCGCCUCCAGCGACGCUGCUGCAGUUGCUGGGACCCUGCACGUCGGCGCCUCACCCGAGGGAGAGUUUUGAUCCCUCUCGGGGAUCGCUUUGUGCCAGUUCAGUGGGGUGGGACCGGUGGUUACGUGAGUAGGAGGAAGGUAAGGGGGCAGUUAGGCUUGUGGUGGUAGCCUGCAGUCACCCUGGGUAGCAGAAUUAGCUGAUUUGGUUUGCAAAAUUUGAAAGUUCCUCAGGUUGCAAAGUAACUGUGCUCGUCUUUGGGGGGAUUUGUUUGUUUCCUUUUAUACGUUCUACUGUAAAUGUUUCUUGCUCUUAAGGAAAUGUUGCCAUUGAGUACAGAACCUGUCCAACAGCAAGCGGUGGAUCCUACGUCUGUCCUGGUUUCCUUAGAAAGAGUCCCCUCCCUGCGUCUUUGGAGUGGUUGCUGCGGUGCCUUUUUCUGGGACUUCGAACAUGUCGGGAAUCGCCCUCAGCAGACUUGCCCAGGAGAGGAAGGCGUGGAGGAAAGACCACCCCUUCGGUUUUGUGGCUGUCCCGACAAAAAAUCCCGAUGGCACGAUGAACCUCAUGAACUGGGAAUGCGCCAUUCCAGGGAAGAAGGGGACUCCAUGGGAAGGAGGCUUGUUCAAGCUGCGCAUGCUCUUCAAAGACGAUUACCCAUCCUCACCCCCAAAGUGUAAAUUUGAACCGCCAUUAUUCCACCCGAACGUGUACCCUUCGGGCACGGUGUGCCUGUCCAUCCUGGAGGAGGACAAGGACUGGCGGCCGGCCAUCACGAUCAAACAGAUCUUACUAGGAAUACAGGAACUUCUAAAUGAACCAAAUAUCCAAGACCCAGCGCAAGCAGAGGCCUACACGAUUUACUGCCAAAACAGAGUGGAGUAUGAGAAAAGGGUUCGAGCACAAGCUAAGAAGUUUGCGCCCUCAUAAGCAGCGACCUGUGGCAUCACAAAAAGGAAGGGAUUGGUUUGGCAAGAACUUGUUUACAACAUUUUUGCAAAUCUAAAGUUGCUCCGUACAAUUACUAGUCACCUAGGGGAGGGUUGGGUGGGCGCCAUCUUCCAUUGCCGCCACGGGACACCGUUCUUGAUUCGCUGAAUUGCCCAGUUUUUCAUACAGGGUCUCUUCCUUCAGUCUUUUGUAUUUUUGAUUGUUAUGUAAAACUUGCUUUUAUUUUAAUAUUGAUGUCAGUAUUUCAACUGCUGUAAAAUUAUAAACUUUUAUACUUGGGUAAGUCCCUGGAGCUAGCUUCCUCCGCUCUGAUGCAGGCAUGCUUCACCUGGCCGCGCUCACCUGGCCCCGCUGGCUGUACAGAAAAGAAACCACACGGCCGCCCGCCUUGUCCUCCGGACCUGGGGCGUAUUGCUCUUGAGCCUCAGGUCCGAAGCCAGCGCGUCUGACCGCAUCACUUCCUUUGUGUUUCUAUGGCGUUCUGUCUGUGUUGCUGUUUAGAGUAAAUAAACUGUUUAUAUAAAGGUUUUUGUUGCAUUAUUGUCAUUAAAAGUGUGAGGAGGCCUCGGAGCUCCCCUCUGCAGGCCCCGUGAGCACCAGCCCCGCGGCCCGGCGUGGCGCCAGGUCAGCCACGCGCACUCCUCACAUCUCUGCUUCCGGACGCGCAUCUCCUGUCCCGGUUCUUUGUAAAUAGGACUGUGUUCUCCCCGCCCCGGACCUCCGUAGAGUACUAGACAGUUCAGACCUGGCGAGCCGGAGCCGGCGUCAAGAACCUCUCGGACCACGCGGGGCAGAAGCGGGCAGGCACGGCUGUCCGAGCAGCCUGCUGGCAUGGGCGCACCCACGAUGGGGCCGCGGCGAUGGAGCUUUGCCUGUGGACACCGCGCCAUCUCCCCUCCCCGCCUGUGCUCCGUGCCCUGGCCGGCCUGGCCCGGGGGCAGCCCUCUCCUCCACGCGCCCUUCUCCCGCAUCCUGGGGAGGCUGCACCAUCGCCCGGGAGAGACCGGCACUUCCUCCAGCCGCCGCCCCCAGUGCUUCCGGCCUGCCGUGGCCCCCACCCUGGGCGGCAGGUGGACGGGCCCUGGGCGUUGUCUUGGCACCAGGGACCUGAGCAAGGCGCCACUGUCCACACAUCCUUAUCCUGAGGAUUUCUGAGCCAGGGACGCAGCGUCAAGCCUGGAUGCGCUGCGGGGUUGGCCGGCCCAUUCUCCGGGCUUCCCAGGGCUGGCGGCCCAGCCGUGUCCACUGCUGGGAAGCUGAGUACAGGCCCCAGCUCUGCCGGAAGGCACGGGGUCGGGGGGAGUCCCGCGGGGACUGGGCCCAGUGCCCACCCCCCGACCUGGCCGGCAGGCGCAGUGGACUUGCCCUGGAGGCUGGAGCAGGCCCAGCACCCCCAGCGCUAGACGCGGGUACCCAAGGCUCAGGCACUGACCAAGGCCCCACGGGCACAGGAGUGCAGAGAGCUGGUCGUGGGCCCCGGAGGAAGGAGCUUGGCGCCCUCUGGUCCCUGUGCGCCACCAGCCACCAGCCAGGGGUCUCCGAGCUUAGAGGUGACUCCCGAAGGCCCUAGGGCUGGUGGCACUGCGGUGGCUCCGAGGUACGAGUGCCUUGUUCGCUUUCUCAGCUGUACAUUUUGUCGGGUCACUGAGCUCUCGGUUUGAUAUUUGCAGUUUGUUUAUAACGCAGAGGGCCUUACCCGGGGAUCCAGCCGGAUUGUAUAUUUGUAGCUUGCUCUCGAAUGUCUUAUUUUGUAAUGACUGAACUACAUUUAGUAUUAGUUAACACAUGUAUAUGGUUAAUAUAUAUGGAAAUCAAUAUAUUUUAUAGUUAAAGUAUUCUAAAGUAAUCGAUGUUUCUAGCAAAUUGUAGUGACUUCAGCUAAUGAAAUGUUUCCUUUGUACCGCAGUCCUCGGCUUAGCAAAGAUGUGAAUCUUGUAACAUGAGCACUCUGGAAUGUGGCCCCUGGCCGAUGUCGGGGAGAGGGUGUGUUCCCGGCAUGGCGUCUCUAACCGGUCAGGAACUGUGGGCAACACGUUAACCACUGUAUCUAAGAAUCCUCAAAUUAAAAUGUUUCCACAAACUGCA